AAGAAGCAACAGGCAGCUAAGAACCUACUCCCAUCUAGACUUCAGAAGCCAAAGCAUUCAGCACGGUUCUGAGGAUGAUGAAAGUUGCGAUCCUGUUUGCCCUCGUGGCUGCCGCUGCUGCGGCCCCCAGGUCCCUCCUUAACUCGUUGAGCCCCACCGGCCGUAUCGUUGGUGGUGAGGAUGUUAGCAUCGAAGAAGUACCCUACCAGGUAUCUCUCCAAGUCCUCGGUUCCCACAUCUGCGGUGGUUCCAUCAUCUCCGACACCUGGAUCUUGACCGCUGCUCACUGCAUGGUCUACUCCGCUUCUUGGUUCACCAUCCGUGCUGGAUCUACCUACUCCACCAGCGGCGGUAGCGUGACCUCCGUUUCCUCGAUCAUCAACCAUGCCGACUACGCAUCAAACUCCUAUGGAAUCCCGAUUAACGACAUUGCUCUGAUGAAACUGUCAUCAGCCCUCACCUUAGACACCACUCGCGCCGCCAUUACUUUGUACGAACAGGACCAGGAUGUCGUUGUCGGUGCUGAGGCCAUCAUCACCGGAUGGGGUACCCUUACUGAGGGAGGCAGUACUUCCACCACCCUCCAGAUCGUCACCGUCCCAAUCAUCUCUAAGUCUGACUGCAGCAGUGCCUACAGCGUCUGGGGAGGACUUCCAGACGGUCAGAUCUGUGCCGCGUAUCCUGAGGGAGGCUUCGACGCUUGCCAGGGUGACUCUGGCGGUCCUCUUGCGAUCGAUGGAGUUCUUGCUGGUGUCGUUUCCUGGGGUAACGGAUGCGCCCGAUCUGGAUGGCCCGGUGUUUACACCGAGGUCGCUUCCUACCGCGACUGGAUCACCGAGAACUCUGAAGUCUGAGAAGCAGACUGUCAACUGCACUUCGCCAAUCUUCCGUCUGAUUGCGAGGCUUGAUUUUAUUCCCGACAUUGUAAUACCAACCAAAAUAAUGCGAAUCAAUUAAAGAUUCUAUUCUAAA